UCUCCCCAUAAGAAGCACACUGUUUCCGAGCAUCCCGGCUAUCCCCUCGCAGAGCGGGUCGAUCGUUACGCGUAGAAGUACGGCCAUUGUGUAAAAAGAAGCCACGGCGCUCGGAUAGUGUACGCUGAGGACAAGACGUGUAGUUUUUUUCCAAGUUUUCCUCUUGUGAUAUUUAGAUUGUGCCAAUAUAGUAACGAGGGAACGAAGCCAGAAAGAAUGGAAGACGACCAGCAGUUCUGCCUUAGAUGGAAUAAUCAUCAGAGUACAUUGAUCCAGAACUUCGACACGCUUCUCGAAAGCGGGACGCUUGUCGACUGCACAUUGGCAGCUGAGGGGAAAUACCUGAAAGCCCAUAAGGUAGUUCUGUCUGCGUGCAGUCCUUAUUUUGAGGGGCUCCUCAGUGAACAUUAUGACAAGCAUCCUGUCUUUAUACUCAAAGAUGUUAAGUUUAAAGAAUUAAAAGCAAUGAUGGACUAUAUGUACAGGGGAGAAGUAAAUAUCUCCCAAGACCAAUUGGCAGCACUCCUUAAAGCUGCCGAGUCUCUGCAAAUUAAAGGUCUAUCGGAAAGUAAAACAAGUGGUAGCAGUAAGACGGAUUCUAGGCAACAAAAGGUCGUUCCGCAAACAUCACAGCCCGACAUUCCAAUUUCGUCUUCCGGUCUUACGAUAGAAAAGAACAAAGUUCCUAGGCAGGGUGUGUCGCAAGGUCCCCUGGGGGAUUUACCUGAAGACUCUGCCAGUCCUCAAAUACCGAAGGGUUUGUCCUCUAGGGAAGGUUCCCAAAGUCCCACAUCAAGGAAAAGAAAAAGAUUUAGACGAAAAAGUAUAGGUGAUGAUAAUUCAGUAGAAAAUCACGAAGCUUCGAAUUCAAGUGACAUGCCUCAACAAAUGGGCGUCCCUGCGCUUGGAAUUGCACCCGUAGCAGAUGAAAAAUCACAUGCAGACCCCACAGAUUCCAUUGGCAGGUCAGCCUUAAUGACGCAGCUGACGAAACCUGCCGAUGAAAUGUUACAGUUGCCGCUAGAAAAGCCCGAACCAAGUGAUAAUCUCAUUGAACCAAAGUCUGAAUAUCUCGAAGAUCCAGAAGAAAGCGUCGAAGAUCUGACGCUGGAUGACGACAUGAAUGAUUUGAACGAGAUGGAACAAGAUAACAAUAGAGCCGGCCCAUCCCACGACCCCUCCCAGCAUCCUGCAGGUAUAGGUGCGUGGCACGUUACCGGUGACCGAAGUAACGCGGGAGGAGUUGUGGGCUCGGUGGCAGGAGCUCCCGGAACGACAGAUGAAGUCUUUCUUGCAGCACAGGAGGCCGCGCAGGCCCAUCGCGACUCUCAAGAUUACGCGAAAAUGAGGUUCUACGUGAGUCGAUUGCCCAAGGAUCGAAGGAGGUCGCGCGGACAAGGGCGAUUCGCCUGCGACAAUUGCGAUCGCCGUUAUCACCAAAUGAAGAACCUGCGCAGACACGUGAUAAACGAAUGCGUGGAGUCCCAGUAUCCUGCGAUUUCGGUAUUCAAGCAUACCUGUGCCACCUGCGGCAAAACGUACAAGCAUAAGCAUCAUCUGAAGAGGCAUCACGAUUUCGAAUGCGGCAUCGACCCAAAGUUCAAAUGCGCUUUCUGCCCACAUAGAACACGAUACAAGGAUAGCCUGAUGAAGCACAUACUGGCCAGACAUCAGCAUUUUCUCGAUCAGAAUCCUCGUUAUAGAUUGCAACAGGUGGACGCCCUUGCCGAUGUCGAGGACACACAGAAAUACAGCUCCUCCAAUUGGACGGUACUGGCGUUGCCGACAUUGACACCGGUUAAUACCGCCCUGUACACCAGGCACCUGCGGUCCAUGACAUUUAAGGGCGAUCAAGACAAGAUGCGCCGAUAUGGCCCGAGGAAAUACCUGUGCACCGAUUGUAAUCGAAAGUUUGCGUUGAUGGCCUCGUUGAAACGCCACAGAACCUUCGAGUGUAACAAACGAACGGCAAUGAGCGAAAAGAUCGUUAGGGAGAGAUUGAACGAACAGGAGAGAAGAAGGAAGAAAAAGCACACUUGCCCCAACUGCAAUCGUAGCUACAAGUUGUUCACGUCGCUCUGGAGGCAUCAAAACUACGAGUGCGGUGUCGAACCCAAGUUUAGUUGUCCCAUUUGCAAGAAUAGAUUUUCUCAAAAGGCCAACCUCGAACGACACGUUAGAACGAAGCAUUGAACGUCGUCGUCGAACCUCUUUUCCUCUCCUUUUGUCGAUAGAUGAA